AUGAGACAAAAAGAUGAUCAGCCAUUUACUGAGCUAUUAAACAGAAUUAGGACUGGUACUCACACUGAAGAAGAUGUCAAGUGCAUUAAUUCAAGAUCAGUCAGUCCAUCAGACGAUAAUUACCCUUCAGAUGCACUUCACAUUUGGGCUGAAAAUAACCCUGUUUCUGAACACAACAACAAACAACUAGACCAAAUUUCAAAACCUUUGUUUGUACUCACAGCUGUAGAUCAGUAUCCACCUAACGUCACAAAACAAGACAUUGAUAGGUUGUUAUGUAGAGGGAGAUCUGAAACAGGCGGACUUGAUUUUGAAAUCCACAUUAAAGAAGGUGCAAAAGUAAUGCUUACAACUAACAUCGAUAUUGCAGAUAGACUUAUAAAUGGUCAGAUAGGAAGUGUUGCAAAAAUUAUUGUUAAUCAAGAUAAUCAAAAACCAACAGUUAUCUUUGUAAAAUUUGAUGACCAUAAUGCUGGGAAUAUUUCAAUACAAAAAUGCAGAAAUCUGUUUGCUAGACAAAACAGAGCAGUACCCAUUCAACCAGUUGUAACAAAAAUCAAAGUCAGGCCAGGUAAACCAUCCUCUCCAGAAAUACAAAGGAUACAGUUUCCUAUCACACUGGCAUGGGCAUGCACUGUGCACAAAGUGCAAGGUUUGACACUUGAUAAAGUUGUUUUUAGUUUUAACUUGAAUAGACAAAGAAGUUUUAACUAUGGACAAGUUUAUGUUGCAUUAAGUCGUUCAACUUCCUUACAAGGACUUUACAUUCUGGGGCAAAUAGAUAGUAAAAAUGUAAGAGCAGACUCUAGAGUCCAUGAUGAAUAUGAAAGAUUGCGAAAUAAUUCAUCAAAAAGUAUGCAGCAAACAAAUAAACCAAUCCAAACUAUUCAGGAAAAUAGCUCAAAUUUAACUUUAUCCCUUCUAAAAAUACGAUCUCUUAGAAAACACAGUAUUGACAUCAAGCUUGAUACAAAUAUUUUCAGUAGUGAUAUUAUAGCUCUGACAGAAACACAACUUCUUCCUCAAGACACAGACCACAAUAUUAGAAAUGACUUGAAUCCCUUUACACUGUACAGCUUUCCAUCUCGAUGUUUCACAAUUCCACCAGCUGUGUUUGUAGAUGAUCGACCUCCUUUCCAGCGCACACCUUACGUUUUCGGCCGACAGGAAAACAGCGUUUUUCCCGAAUUUAACGUCCGUGGCAUUGCCCCACAGUAUCCACUGAAUUUUCCUUUUGACCCCUCAACAGCAGCUUUGCCAAGACGCGAUUUAGCUGUGGACCCAGCAUAUUCCGUUCCCAGAUGA